AUGCCUCUAGGUCAGAUGAGUGAGCUCUGCAAGCGUGAGGAAGACUGUGAGGACCCAAGAGAGGCCCAGGGCCUGGUGGAUGCACAGCUGUCUGGAGCUGAGGAGGAGGAGGCCACAUCCCCCUCCUCCUCCCUCUCCUCUUCCCCCUCUGUCCUGUUCCUGGGCACGCUGGAGGAAGUGGCUGCUGCUGCAACCUCGAGUCCUCCCCAGAGUGCCUGGCCCUCCCGCACUGCCAUGGCAGCCGCUCCAUGGAGCCAAUCCAAAGAAGAGGGCUCCAGCAACCAAGAUGAUGAGGGGCCAAGCGCCUGAGAGGACCCGGAAGAUGCUGAGUCCUCACCCCAAGAAGCACUGCAUUUGAAGAUGGCUGACCCGGUGGGGUUACUGCUCCUCAAGUAGCGUACAAAGGAGCCUACCACAAAGGCGGAAAUGCUGACUCUGGUCAUCAGAGAUUACCAGGAUCACUUCCCUGUGAUCUUCAGCCAAGCCUCUGAGUGCAUGCAGCGGGUCUUUGGCAUUGACGUGAAGGAAGUGGACCCCAGCGACCACUCCUAUGUCCUGGUCACCACCCUGGGCCUCACCUACGAAGGGAUGCUGAGCGGUGAGCAGAGCAUGCCCAGGACCGGCCUCCUGGUGAUGCUCCUGGGCAUGAUCCUCCUGGAGGGCGACUGCGCCCCUGAGGAGGACGUCUGGGAAGCGCUGAGUGUCAUGGGGGUGUGUGCCGGGAUGGAGCACUUCAUCUACGGGGAGCCCAGGGAGCUCCUCACCAAAAUUUGGGUGCAGGAACAGUACAUGGAGUACCGGCAGGUACCCGACAGCGAUCCUGCACACUACGAGUUCCUGUGGGGUCUCAGGGCCCACGCUGAAACCAGCAAGAUGAAAGUCCUGGAGUAUUUGCUCAGGGUCCAUAGCAGGGAUCCAGGUUCCUUCCUCCACCUGUCCGAAGAGGCUGUGAGGGAUGAGGAAGAGGGAUCUUGAGCCAGAGUUGCAGCCAGGCACAGUCCAGGCCCACGUCCAGCAGCUUCUCCUGGCGGGCAUGAAGAACAGUACAUGGAGUACCGGCAGGUACCCGACAGCGAUCCUGCACACUACGAGUUCCUGUGGGGUCUCAGGGCCCACGCUGAAACCAGCAAGAUGAAAGUCCUGGAGUAUUUGCUCAGGGUCCAUAGCAGGGAUCCAGGUUCCUUCCUCCACCUGUCCGAAGAGGCUGUGAGGGAUGAGGAAGAGGGAUCUUGA